UUGGAUGAAUGCAUAAACAAGUCGAGUAAACCGGCAAGUCAAUAUUAUCGAGUGUUUGCCUUUUCUUUGUCCGAUUCAAUGAAAACCUUGCUAAACUCCGAAAAAUCAACAAACUCUGUGACGAGCUAAGUAAAACUCCGAAAGGCUUCAGUGCGCAAGUCUGUCGGAGAGUCAGAGAGGCAAUCGCAUUUAAACAUCAGAGCGCAUUCAGUCAAUUAUUGUACGCAGCAACAGGAAUUAGUUUGAGCCCAGACGUCAGAGCAGGAAGGCUUUCGGCUAAAGCUUCUGCUACGUUUUGCCCACUCGAGUUUCGGCUGAUUCAUAUAUAAAAUGUAUAAUGCGAUAACCAAAUCUUGUGUGUAAUUCGUAAAAUCUGCGGAUAGACGGCAGUCUCUGCAAAAUUGGUUCCUGAUGCUGUUCUAUAUUCCUGAUAAAAUUAUCGUUAUUGCGCGGUUCAAUUCCUUCCAUAGCAUAGGAAAGUUUUUAGCAUGGGUGUAAUAAUUAAUUUGCCAAGUGCAUAUGAAAUGCAGAUAACGUGCGCUGCUCAAAUACUAAUAAUAAGUUCAACUGAUGCAAUAAGGUGUGGGAUCUGACAAUUAGUAAUGCGUACACGUUUAUUGAUCAUUCUUUAAUCGAGGUAAAGGAGAAACCAUGACCCAUAAACGAUCUCGAUGCAAUAUCAGUGUACUGUUAAUACUUUUGUAUAUUGGACAAAAAAUGAGAGGCAACGAUGCUAGCGUACAGUUUCAUCAGGAGUCAAGUGAAAAUAAAUAUAAUCUUGGUGAACAAAUUGAACAAAUAGAAACACCAAGGGAUCAAAAGCUCACCGUACGGUUGCCAUCGAAUACACUUCUUAAGUACGGCUCCUAUAAGGAUGUUUCUAUACUGCACUUUCGAGUUCCAUUGGAUACGAAAGCUGCAUACUUUAGCUUUAAAGCAUUUGAGGAAUCCAAAAGUGCCUUUCAAAGAAAAUGCAAAAUUAAGGAUGUUACACUACAUCUAAAGGCAAGCAGCUUUCCAGUGAUUAGUCCUGAAAAUAUUACUUUUCCAAAAUAUUUCUUAUCCUCUGAGGAAAGAUUUAAAGUAUAUAAUCUACAAUUUCAGUCUGAUCAGAAGCGACAUCGUAUUGAUAUACAGGGUCCUCAAUUAGGAAGUUGGUUUGCUGUUGCUUUUGUCAGUUGGACAGAUCCAAAUAAUGAUCGCAUUGAACAACAAGGGCUUUCAGCAUCAUGCGAGACGUUGGUAUUGGCAGAAUUGUCUGUAUCAAGUUUCUAUCCGACCAUUAUAACCAAUGGACAAGUAACUACCGGCAAUAUAACCAGUACGUUUGUCUACAGCAAAGAAGAGUCUGCUGACUUGGCUAGUGAUCACAACUUUGGAGCCACUAAGCUGUUACGAGGAAUAAUUUUGAAGAAAGAGCAUAAAAACCAUCAUUCAAAUGUCACAAUUGAAAAUAAAACUCAUGCAGAAUUCGAGGCUGGAACAGACAAAGACACAUAUAGCGACGGUAUCAAAAAUAACACUAACGAAAGCAAUGGUAACUUAGAAACUAACAAUGAAAUAACUUACAAGUUUUAUGUGCCCGCCGACACUGCUGUAGCAACCGCGCGGGUAACGUUUGGUAAAGUCUGCGUGGACUGUCCAGAUAUCGGUUUCUAUAUUCAGGCAAACGCAUUUCCACUAAUUCGUAGUGGGCGGAAAAAUGUGGCCGGUAAUGAGUAUAACUACUUACACAGUACAGUUAUCAGACCAAAUCAAACUGAAGAGAUCUCAAUUAAAUUUUAUGUUCAGCCCGACACAUGGCACUAUGCCCUUCUAAAGUUUGUGAGCUCAGCGGAUGAGCUCUUCUUGGCUUCACAUUUCGGGGAAAUCAAAGCAACUGGAGACACUGCUUCAAAAAGUGCUUAUUCGUCGACAACAAAAGUAGAAGCUAGACAGGGGCAACGACUAAAUGCAACAGAUGAUCUGAGGUCGGAAUCCCACCAGAUUUCGUAUAUGCUUCAAAUAGAUUUCGAUCCAGUGGAGUCAGACCGGGAAUCCAAUAGGACUCACUCUCAGCCUAAAUCUGAUUAUAAAACUAAUUGGGAGCCGGUGCGAAUGCGCGGAAUGGAUUUCUAUCCUCUGCUGCGCCAGAGCUACCAUGAAUUUUUUAUGUUUGACUUUGACUUGCAACCAGAUGUAAACGGUACAGUUCCGACACUACUUAAUUUAACCGCACUAUCCCCAGCAGGAUUCGCAUUUGAGCUAGGCGAGGUCCACGAUAUUGGCGGUACACUCACCUUUGCCGUCUCUAUGAAGCCAGAAGUUCGUAUCAUUAGUGAGCUGAAGCAGGCUUCACCCACAAUGUCACCGGCAUCAGAAAGAGGUGGAAUUCUAGCUGAAAAGUUAGUAGGUAAUUUAGAUGACGUGGAAGUUAUGAUGGGGCAAGAGCAACAGCCCAGUAAUAACCAAAGUAUGCAAAUCAUUGUGUGCAUGCGUCUGGGAGUUCCAGGCGUUCCAACAUGGCCCGAUAAAUGCCGAUACGGUCAACGAUUGCUGCCGGCUUCUAGCAUAAUAAAUAACACUGACAUAAUGGGUCUCAUACAUGUACCCUUUCCAGAAAGUGGCCUCUGGUACGUCACUAUGGGCUUGUUUUGCCACGGAGCAGAAACAGCGCGGGUGACCAUAAUAGACAGCGUCAAGGAGUUCGUUCGCCAACAUCUAAAUUUGCUACAAGAGAUGCGGAGUCCCUGUGCCUGCGCUGCCAACGCCAAAAUCCAUGAAAAUUGUAUUGGAUCGAAAGAUUGUCUUGCCGGCAUGAACGAAACAGAAACACUAAAGGUAAAAGAGUGCAUGAUGGAUUCCAAAUGCACCGACAACUACUUGGAAAUGACACGUCUAUUUGACGUGCAUCACAGAUCGGCUACGGAGCAACACUUUGCGCUGGAAAAUUGCAACACUUCAGUAGUUUUCUCCAUAUCAUCAAGUCCAUGUGUAGCUGGACGCUGUGGUCGCUUUGGCAGGUGUUAUCAUUAUAUGUCUGGGGGCUUCGUAUUUUCAACUUGCGUUUGCAUGAAGGGCUACCGCGGCUGGGAUUGUACCGAGGACUCACAGGUGCCAUCUAGUAUGUCAAUACUUAUGGCCUCACUGCUAUUGACAUUGAGCAAUCUACUUUUCAUUCCGAGCAUUUACUUGGCCUUUCGGCGCCGCUAUUACACCGAAGGCGUAAUAUAUUUCUUUGCUAUGUUCUUCUCAAUUUUCUAUCACGCGUGUGACUCAGGGGAAGAUGAAUACAGCUUCUGUUUGGUGAAAAUCAGCGUACUUCAAUUUUGUGAUUUCUACUGCGGCUUGUUAGCCAUUUGGGUCACACUUAUUGCAAUGGCCCAUAUGCCUCAGCAGUUUGUUUCCUUACUAAACAUGUUCGGUGCUAUUCUACUUGCAUUUGGCACAGAGCUAAACAAACAAAGCCUCUGGGUAUUUCUAGCUCCGGCUUUAACAGGCAUUUGUCUCAUUUCCACAAGCUGGGGCUUACGCUGCGCCAAAACGCGCAAGUGGUUCCCCGCGCGACGUUACCUGACCAUCUUUAUGCCACUCGGAUUGGUGCUGGUAAUGAUUGGCUUGGUUUGUUACGCGUUUCUCCAAACCAAGCAGAACUAUCACAUUGUUCACUCCGUUUGGCAUAUGGUCAUGGCGAUCAGCAUAAUGUGCUUAUUACCAUCGCACAAGUCUUUCAUGCCGAAAUCCUAGCACUCCGACGUUUCUAUGAAGUUUUACCUUGCAAAGCAGGAGCUCAGCUGAACUAGUUAUGCCACCUAGCAAACGGGGACAGCUCCCAUUCAGUGCGGAAUUCUAAAAUUAGAUAUAGAAUUAAGAUCUUAAAUAUUUAAAUGGCCAUUUCUAAAAAUGUACACAAA